GGCGGGGCCGGAGGGGCUGCAGGCCGGGCUGGUGGAUGCUUUGGCGCUGCCGGUGCCCGCGGUCCCCGGGUCGGUCGCGGUGACCAUGGAUCGGUGCGAGUCCCCGGGAGUGUGAACGCCUGCGCGUGCGCGCUGCGGGGGGGGUGGGGGCGCGCACUGCUGGCAUGCGCCGAACCAGGAUCCCUGAGCCUCACAGCCGCGGACGAUCUGACGCCCGGGAGCCUCCUGCCUCCCCCCAAGCAGCGCCCGGCCUCCGGCAUGCAGGAAGCAGUGACCUUUGGGGAUGUGGCCGUGGACUUUGACCAGGAGGAGUGGGCCUAUCUCCGUCCUACUCAGAAGGAGCUGUACCGGGAGGUCAUGCUGGAGAACUACAGGAACCUGGUCUCACUGGGAGCAGGACUUCUGGGCCCCAAACCACACCUGAUCUCCUGGUUGGAGGAAGAGAGGUCACAGUCAUGGGGUGUUGAGGAAGGGACCCCGAGAAGAGCCCAUGCACAAGAAGGGGGGUGCUCCAGCAGCGAUGGAGGAAUCGGUGUGAGGAGCAGCCCAGCUGCCUUGGAAGGAUGGAAGGGGGCAGCUUGGAAUAUUAAACUUGAGAAUGAGGAGUCAUCUCAAAAGCAAGAAGGAGGAGGAUUACCUUGGAUCUUUAUGAAGAGAGUCAGGGGAAGUGUUCCCAAGAACUUUCUGCUAGGGGAGGUUCCUAUCCAAGAGAUCAGUGUAUGGAAGCACAUGGCAAGCUUUACAGGAGACCCUCCAGGGAAAUUCAUAUUACAGGAGAGAAGCUUUGGGCCACUGUCCUUUCUUCCCAGGAAAAUCAGUAAUCAGCAAGGAGUCCAAGCUUGUAUUAAUCUUGAGAAGAGCUUUAGUCAAAGUAUCUGCUGGCCCACAAGACCAUGGGAUUAUAAUGUAUAUGAGAAUCUCUCUCAUUACCACACAGCCCUCAUUCAACACCAGAGACUAGAUAGUAGAGAGAAACCUUAUGAUUUUGAGCAAUGUGAAAAGACUUCAAAUCUCAUUCAGCAUCCAAGGAUUCACAGUGGCGAGAAACUUUUCGAGUGUAAGGAAUGUGGGAAGAGUUUUAAACGAAGUUCACACCUUAUUCAGCAUCAGAGAAUUCACAGUGGAGAGAAGUCUUAUAAAUGUAAUGAAUGUGGAACAGCCUUUAGCCAGAACUCCCAUCUUAUUAGACAUCAAAGAAUUCACACUGGAGAGAAACCUUAUCAUUGUAAAGAAUGUGGGAAGGCCUUUAGCAGGAGCUCCCACCUCAUUCAACACCAGAGAAUUCACACCGGAGAGAAACCUUACGAGUGCAAGGAAUGUGGGAAGGCCUUCAGUCGGAGCUCGGCCCUCACUCAGCAUCAGAGACUUCACAGUGGGGAGAAACCUUACACGUGCAAAGACUGUGGGAAGGCCUUCAGUUGGAGCUCGGCCCUUACUAAUCAUCAGAGAAUUCACACUGGAGAAAAGCCUUAUAAAUGUAAAGAUUGUGGGAAGGCCUUCAGCUUUAGUUCACUGCUUACUAAACAUCACCGAAUUCACACUGGAGAAAAGCCCUAUGAGUGUAAGGAGUGUGGGAAGGCCUUUAGUCAGAGCUCAGCUCUUAUUAAACAUGAAAGAAUUCACAGUGGAGAGAAGCCUUAUGAGUGUAAGGAGUGUGGCACGUCUUUUAGUUGGAGCUCGGCCCUUAUUCAACAUUAUAGAAUUCAUACUGGUGAGAAACCUUAUGUGUGCAAGCAGUGUGGGAAGGCCUUUAGCCAAAGUUCAGCCCUUAUUAAGCAUAAAAGGAUUCACAGUAGAGAGAAACCCUAUGAAUACAAAAAACGUGGGACAAAUUUCCAUUGGAGCUCAGCACUUAUUCAACAUCAGCAGAACAACACUGAAGAGAAAUCUUAGAAAAGCAAAAGAUGAAAGCCUUCAGCCACAACUCAUCCCUUAUUCAGGAAAGAAUAUUUAGAGGAGAAACAUCUAUGUAAGUCAGGAGUAUAUAAAGCCCUUCAUAUAAAGUUCAAACCUUACUUGAUAUCAGAGAAUUCAUUCUGGAGGAAAACUGAAUUUCAUGAAUGUUAAAAGACCUUUAAUGAACAGCCUUCAGUGUGAUUGAGGAGGUUUAAUUGCACAUCAGCCAGUUCAUUUUGGGCCCCAACCUUACGAGGGCAGAAAAUUUGGGAAAGCCUUCAGGCCAAGAUCUAGUCGACUUUACCACCCAUGAGGUCAUUCUGGAGGAAAUUACCUCAUGUUAAAAAAUGUGGAGAAGAAUAAACGUAACUCUUAUCUAAAUCUAACUUCACAUUGCCACCUUGAAAAAGUAAGAAAUUUAACAAACACAUUUUUAAAAAAACCAUAAAAGCAAGGAAAGAAAUCACUUCCAAGAAAACCUUGCAGAAAAACCAGCAGAGAAGCCAAACUAAUGAGUUCAUUAAAAACAAAUCCUCUGCCGUGAGAGAAAAGAAAGCAAAGAAAAAUCCCCAGAAGAAAGGAAUGAUACUGUUAUACCAAAACAGGGCCUUGAAAAAUGAGAAUAGAACAGAGUGAGUGAGAAUCUUAUUUAAAUUGAAGAUGUGAGGAGAAAAUUUGGAGCUCUUAAAGAAUUUCACAACAUAAACAGAACUUUGUAGAAAAAAAAGGUAGAAAGUUUUAAUAAGAUGGAUGCUAUGAAAAGGGAACAGCAGAAAGUGAUCACAGAAAUGCUCAGAUAUAGCAGUAAAUAUUGCACAAAGUUAAAAGACAGCAAAAUUGGAAGAACAAUUGAGAAAUCCAUAGACUAAGGCAAAUGAGCUCCAAGACAGAGCUUGGUGAGCCAGUCUGAAAACCAUUGUCCCCACCCCCAGAAACAGACUCCUGAAUGUCAUAUUUUUAGUGAUCAUACAAAACUGCCUGGAAAUAUUGGACUUAAGAGUCCACAGGACUCUUAAAAGGAGGAACCAUUCCUCCACCCCCAUUCCCACUGCCAUGUUACUUUAUCAAAAAAAAUAGACAAAAAGGUCUAAUGCAUCAGAGUAAAAGAAAGAGUCUAGUACAUUGCAGGAAGAGUUGGUUCACUUAGCAAGAAAUCCUGUGUCUUUUUCCUUGAAGAGUUCUCGUGAUGGAAGAGAAGGUAAGAAAAAAGUUCCAUAUCCUGAGAAGCAAAUAAAACUUGUUUAUAUCCAAGA